GGGAUUCUCUUAUUAAACAUUUAACAAGAUUCAAUAUACUCAUUGUUGUACAACAGUUCAUAAUAAUUUGUUAGUGGGCCGAAGCCAAUCAUUGAAAAUCAGUCACAGCUAUUAGGCGGGCUUUUUCUAUUCAAAUUCGUCGCGAUUGUAUUCUUAUUCCUGUUGCUGGUCGGCGAUAAAAAGUGAAUAAUGAGAUGGUAAUCGCUUGGUGGAUGACUUCACGGGCCGGCUUACAGAAAUCAUAAUGCAUUUGAGCCAAGUUUACAUGUCGCCAGCUCUGAGGCCGUCAUUUCCAGCGGAUUGGCAAACCGAACGUGAUCGCCGACAUCGAAGAAACAUGGGAAAUUACUAAAAAUAGAGCAGUGUUUGGUUUUUUUCGGAUUAUGAUUUUGUCUGGAUGUCAGACCCCGCGGCAGCUGCUGCCCAGAUAUUGGCCACCUGGUCGCCUUUCGAGGGGAUCUUACGAAACCGAAUCAAACUUGAUAGACUACUGAUACAGGAUACAUGUAGAAGCUACUGGUAACUGAAGUAGGACUUGGUCAAGUUUGGCGUCCAACGGCUUCAGAGCCGGGCUCACGGACCUAUUAGGAGCAAUUAUACAACGAAUCCAGAUCGAAUCGGCGCCUGGGGCGUUUGGUCAAGGAAAAAGCAAAUUGCAGCAACUACUGGUUCAUUAAUAAAGGAAUUUGUUUGUUUUGCAACCGACUGCGAAAAUCCGUCACUUUUACGAGCCUGCCGUGAUCACAUUCUAUUUAGAGACAGGCCGAGAUCGAAAUUAAAAUCAUAAACUCUGGGAGUAAUAAAAGAACUAAAGUCCAAAUCAAAACGCUGCUUGAAAACACUAUUAGCUAUUUUUUAUAUUUUUCAUAAGUUGUAUGUCUGCGAGUUGCCAAGCAGCGAAACGAAGUCAAACGAUUUGGCAAGGGUAUUAUUUAUUGCACAAACAUAUGUGUUAAUAAAAAACACACACACCGACAAGGCGAGCCAGUGGUUCGGGUUUCGACUUAAAUGUCUUUGGAAUCACCGCGAUUAUUUCGGAUACUGGCACUCACUUAUUGCCGCAGAUCGUAACUCUCGGCUCUCGGCGGGAGUACAGAUUGCGCGGCAAUGUCAAGUACUGAUGGCUCAUUAGCGGCCGAAUGGCGCUGCCGUUUCCGCUUCCGGCUUACUCCGCCGCAGAUCCGAGCCACAAGUCAUCGCCGGGAUGACGACAAUUAAAACGGCUUCAAUGGCGGCCGAAAUGUGGCGAGGUGAGAACCCCUACUCGCCGAUUGAAGCAUUGGCAGGCAGCUUCCGAAUGGACUUCAAGCCGAAGCCCGUCUCCCCAGCUCAGGGCCUGGCUUAUUUUAUGCCCCGACAAGUGCCCUAUCAGAAGCAAAUCAUCGCCCCAUGAAUGCCAAGAAGUGUAUCAGAUAAAGGGGCAUUUGGGGCGUUUAAUAGUUUCAUAAUUGCGUAGCACAUGAGCUUGGAUAAGUGGGCAUGCACUGAGAAAAACCCCCUUGGGCUUCUUCCAAGGCAACCCUCACGCGUAAUCGCAGUCUUGCAAAUAGUGAAAUUGCUGGGCUUUCUCGGGAUUGUUUAAUAAUUUAUAUUUUAAUUGGCGAGAGCUCUUAAAUUAAGAGUCUUAACUCAUUUCUCUGCUGUGUGCUUUGGCGGGCCCGAGCGCGGCCCAAAGUUUAGGGCACGCUUCAACAGUUGGAAUUGCGCUCAAACGCUUAUGUCAUACCGCCAGCAGCCCGCCCGCCCCACCGAACUUGCGCACUUGAAAGGUUAAACGAGCGUGACAAGCCGCCGACUUGGACUACCAGAGUGCCUGAGCGCCUGGGUAUCCGAGCAUCCGAGCUUGUGGCUGCCUGACUCACCCCCCGAUCUCCAUCUGGGCUGCCAUUCACGUAAUCUCCCCGGGUUAGUGCCCCUGAAGAUCACCGCGUUGCGUUUCCAUUUGUCUAAUGGCCAAAUGGCAAGUAACAGUCGCUUUUGAUACCCUCCUGGCGUUUAUGUAAGCCGAAACCCUCCGAAACCCUCUGCGUUUAUGUAAGCUAGAGCUUUAUUAAUUAUGAUACCUGAGAAGCCCGUCUUGAUGAUCGAGAAUCCGGCCGGGCGACGGCCUCUGGAUAUUCUAGUUCGGGGGCUACAGCUUUUUUUUUUUAUUAGCCAGGCAAAGGUCGUCCCAUUACGAGUGGUUCGUACUUAUCAGAGCAAGACCCGUCCUAAUGACAAACGACAAUUACCGGGCAUUAUCGUACAUUUUAUUUGACGGAAUUAAGUAAUUGAGUUGCCCAGAAGUAGUCCCAGGGCCCGACGGGCCAAGACUUACUCGAAUUGAUUUAUCUUAAUGCGAAUUGCAACAUUAUAUGGUAGCAGCGUUUUCCUAACGAGGUUCGCCCACAAAAUGACAAAUUAUUGGCUGCCAUUGAUUGGCAGAGGAGCUGUGUGCGAAAGUGGAAAAAGUGACCAACAUACUGAGCUCUGAGCUCUGGUGGACGUCACAUAUUGCACAAUAGUCGUUUAAGGAGGCGUGGGCGAGUGGGCGAGUGGGCGGACCCAAGGGACACGCCCCUCCCAGCCAAGUGAAGCGGGACUCUGCGGCGAUCUUAUAUAUGCUGGCAGGGGCGCAUUCCCGGGAUCAGUUACCUCUCAAUCGGCGGCCAAUGGAAAACCUACGAGUGCAGCACCUGCUGGUCCUCGGCCUGAUACUCGGGACUCCAGGAUGCCUGGAAGCUAAGCCGCGAAAGCUCCAUAGAGGAGGCAUGGAGCUGCAGUCGCACUAUUUGAAGGCCAUCGCGGCGCACAGGCGGCUGGAGCGGGUCCUGGAGAAGGAGGAGCUCCUGGCGGUCAUGGCCAUCGGAUUGCUGAACGGAGCUCGCCAGGCAGAGGCCCAGAUGGAGCAGCACCUUGCCGACGGCGUCCGGGAGCUGCUCGAGAAAAUGAACUUCACGGAAAGUAGCCGGAUCGUCUCCCACAUCGACGCCAUCGAGCACCAGAUGGCCCGGGACAGAAGGGCCCUGGACAUACUCACGCGGGCGGUGGACGUCCUCGCCCAAAAAAAGGACGAGCAGGAGUUCCUGGGUCAGCUGCGGGACAUGGCCCAGCAGCAGAGGGAGGAGGAGCUGCUCCAGCAGGAGCUGUCCGCCGACGUCACGGACCAGCCCCACCUGGGCGAGCGAUUGGGCAGACUACGGAGGAACAUCCUCAAACAGGUGCCGCAGAUGAAGCUAGACCUGGACGUGAAGAUAGAGAAGGCUCUGAAGCACUUCCUGGACGAAGCUCCAGAAGACGGGGUCUUGGCCAAGGCCAAGGGAAAGAUGACCCGAAAACGGCAGGCAAACAGGCUGGAUCAGGAUUCCAGGAGGGAGCAGGAUCAGCAGCAGGAGCCAUCGGAACGCCAGGAAAUCCCAGAGGAGAUGAGAAUCAUAAAAUCAAUCUUGUCAGAGGCUCAUGAAUUGCGCUUCCAGGACGACUUCCGGGAGAAUCUGGUGGACCAGCAGGAGCAGCAGCAGAAGCAGAUCCAGGUCCAGGAGAGACGGCCCAAGCCCGAGGACGCCCUGGAAACGGACAUGCCAACCAAAAGUCCCAAUAUUACAGUGAAGCCUAGGAUAAUGAUCAGGCCGGAAAAGCAGGAGGAGGCACCCGGCGGUGCAGGAUCCUCUGAGCUGGAGAACGAGGACGAGGAGGAAGCCGACACAGCCGGAGGAGGUGGCGGUGGAGGGCUAGUGGGGAUCAUAGGAGGCCUGAGCGGUGGCGAAGGUGGAUCAGAUGUGGGAGCCCUCAUUGGUGCUCUUACUGGCGUGGUGUCCACUCUGUUUGGGCCUGGAGGCCUUGAUGUGGAGGGUCUGAUCAAAACUUCCACUUCCCUGAUAGCUGGACUUCUCGCAGGAAACAAGAACUUUGGUCUCGUCCUGGGACAGUACGUAGGCACGGCUCUGGACGGACUCUCAGGAGGAGGAGGAGCUAUUAACAACGGCCAGUUUUUGGGAAACUUCCUGGGAACUGUGAUAGCCGCUCUGAGCGCAGAUCCCGAAGAGGAGGGACCCCCGCAGCCCCUGACCUUCACCAAGAACUUCAUCACCAGCUUCCUGGAGGCGAAGUUCACUCCCAUCUCCGACGACGUUUCCGAGGAGCGGCAUGGCAGUGAGGAGUUGCCACGCCCUCGCAAGAAAAAGGAGGGUGGCGGGUGGGCGGCCACGGCGGCGAGUCACUUCGACUCGGGGGGGUUCGUGAAACAGGUGGCCUCCCACCUGGUGAGCAACGCCCUGGGCCUCCUCCUGAACGCCGGCCUGGGGGCCUCGGGAGGAGCGUCGAGCGCCUCCAAGGGGAUCUUCGCCAGCAGCAGCAGUGCCCACCAUGGCGGAGGAGUUGCGGAGCACCACCACCGCUCCUGGAGCGCCCAGGACCAGGGAGUCCACUACGAAGACGAGCCGUUCUAGCCACUUAGCUCUUAGCAGUUACUUUUUUUUUUUUUUUUGUUUGCUUACUUAAGUUUUUCAAUAAAAUAAAAUGUGGAAAAGCCCAUGACGUAAA